GGUCUGGGGUGGCUUGCUUAUUGCGAGUAGAGGGUGGGGAUCUUCGUCUUUGUUGCUGGGGGACUGUCGAAGGCCAUCAUAUAAGACUGGCUGGUCCGCGCAACCCGUUGUGGUCCUUUUCUUGUGUUUGUCUCCUUGCUAGCUUCGUCGAGUGUGCAGUCUUGAGUCCUAUCUUGAGUUUGCAAAAGCGCUUCUACUUAUUUCUGCAGUCAUCACAAGCGCCAAGAUGUCCGACAUUGAGAAGGACAGCAUUGAGCCCAAGGGCGUCCCUAACGAGAAGCUGGAGCAUGGGCUCGAUGUUACCGAACAUGUCGACCUCAAGUCCAACCUGCAAGCUAAGAUUAUCAACCCCUUGGCUGGCAUCCCGUACGAGCAACUUAUGCGCGAUGUAGAGGCCUUCGUGCAAGAGAAGGGCCUUGAGGAGCACGUUGAGAUUUUUCGAAAGGGUGCUUUAGUUGCUCAAAACCCGAAGGAUUUUGAAGAUAUCAGCGGCCCAGAUGCUUUGAAUGAGGAAGAGAAAGAAGCCCUCCGAUUUGAAUCAUUACACAAGUGGCGAUUGCCCUGGAAGCUUUACCUGACUAUCAUGACCUGCUCUAUCGGAGCAGCUGUCCAAGGUUGGGACCAGACUGGAUCGAACGGUGCCACACUGUUCUUCCCUGCCUACUAUGGAAUUGAUUCAAAGAGUGUACGAGAUGAGAUUUUGGUUGGUCUCAUCAACGCUGGACCUUACAUUGGCUGCGCCACUAUCGGCUGCUGGCUCUCCGACCCCUUCAACAACUGGAUUGGCCGCCGAGGCACCAUCUUCCUAUCUGCGAACUUCUGUAUCUGGCCUGUCAUCGGUUCUGCUUUCUCCCACACCUACGCUCAGCAGAUCUCCAACCGUCUUCUCAUGGGUAUCGGUAUGGGUCUCAAGGCCGCGACUGUCCCUAUCUUUGCUGCUGAGAACGCCCCGGCCGCCGUUCGAGGUGCUCUAGUCAUGUCCUGGCAGAUGUGGACUGCCUUCGGUAUCUUCCUCGGCACAGCUAUCAACCUUGCUGUCUACAACGUUGGCCCUAACAACUGGCGUCUGAUGCUGGGCGCUCCUUUCAUCCCCGCCGUUCCCCUCCUUCUCCUCAUCUUCUUCUGCCCUGAAAGUCCUAGAUGGUUGAUGAAGAAGAACCGCUACCCUCAGGCCUGGACAUCCCUCAACCUUCUGCGCCAUCAUCCUAUCCAAGUUGCCCGUGAUAUGUACUCUAUCCACGCUCAGCUCGUGAUUGAGACCGAGCUCACGAGUGGCAGCAACUACCUCACUCGUUUUGGCCAGCUAUUCACCAUCCCUCGUGUUCGCCGCGCCACAUACGCUGCCUUCACCGUCAUGAUUGCUCAGCAGCUGUGUGGUAUCAACAUCAUUGCCUUCUAUUCGUCAACCGUGUUCCAAGAAGCUGGUUUCAGCCAAUUCCAGGCUCUGCUUGCCUCGUUUGGCUUUGGCGCUGUCAAUUGGCUUUUUGCCUUCCCUGCCUUCUGGACCAUCGACACCUUCGGCCGUCGAUCACUGCUCCUAUUCACCUUCCCUCAGAUGACAUGGACGCUAUUGGCUGCUGGUUUGUCGACCUUGAUCCCCAUGCAUAACCCGGCACGACUUGGCCUAGUGGCUUUGUUCGUCUUCCUGUUCGCCGCGUUCUACUCUCCUGGUGAAGGACCUGUUCCUUUCACCUACUCAGCUGAAGUUUUCCCACUCUCCCACCGAGAAGUUGGUAUGGGCUUCGCUGUCGCCACCUGCCUGGGCUGGGCUGCGGUCUUGGGUAUUACCUUCCCCUUCAUCCUAGGCCGUCUGGGAACCGUUGGUGCCUUCGGUUUGUACGCUGGCUUCAACGUUCUGGCUUUCUUCAUGAUCUUCUUCCUCGUUCCUGAGACCAAGCAGCGUACGCUUGAGGAGCUCGACUAUGUGUUCGCUGUCCCCACCAGCAAGUUCAUCAACCACCAAGUUACCGAAGUUGCUCCUUGGUGGUUCAAGAGAUGGGUUCUCUUCCAGAAGAACGCCACCUUCACGCCUCUCUACAAUGACGCACACGCCAUUAGGGAGAGGGAGGCUCAAUCAGAUAAGUCUUCUGAGAAGAUGUAAAGACAUGCUAGAAAAUGCAGUCUACAGAUACCAAACUUGAUACAGUUCCAUAAAAGGUCCUCGCAGCUUGUAAUCCGCUGUUCAUCUAGCUAGCUUUCUAGAUGUCUAUAUUUCAUUAAAAUACCCCUUUUCUUUUAGAUAGGUGCUAAUUGACGCCUCGUUUCCAAACAAACUAUUAUUCAAUAUGUUUUGUAUGCCAGAUGUGACUCCUAUGGU